AUGUGGAGGGGGCAUGAUUCACUGCCCCUUCGGCCAGAACAGCUGCAAACGAUAAAAGAACACGAGUACUCAUGCCGAGGGUCAUCUCUUUUGGAAAGUUAUUUUCAGGUGUUUUGGUGCGCAUUGGUACCUUAUGUCCCCAAACGCAUUGCCCCUAAUGCGUUAACCCUCUUCGGGCUGAUUAUUAAUGCUCUUAGCGUUCUAAUAUUACUUUACUAUAGCCCAGAUCUUAAGUCGGAAAUCCCAAUCAUCGGAAUGCCUUUAAAAUACGUUCCAUUUAUAGCAAUUAUGUCUGCUGCCACUUUAAAUAUUUUUCGCUUUUUCUCAAUAAUAUCCGAGGGUGGAGCUGGUAAAGCCGGUACAACCGUCGCUAAUACAAGUGUCCUAUUUCCAGCGUUCCCAUUCGGCGUGGUUCUUACUUUUGCGAUAAUGGUUGCUGUUCGCUCUCCAUUAAAUCUCUACACUAGUCACCUCGUUCUAUUUCUCGUCACUUUCGGAUUUGUCGCUGUCAAGGUCAUACUAAAGCUCGUGGUUGACCACAUGUCAAAGAGCGAGAUGGCCGUUGCUGAUUCCAUUCUGAUUGGUCCGGUCGCGCUCUUCUUCAAUCAGUACUUCAACUGUCCCAUCCCUGAAUACUUUGUUCUCUGGUGCUGCUGCAUACUUGCAGUGGCAGAUACUCUUCUGUACUCUUCUCACGUUUGCCUGCAGCUAGCUGAUUACCUUAACAUCUACAUAUUUCGUGUGGAUAAGCCUCCACCACAUCCCGACUCUCCGCAGCAGCUCCGAGACUCAAAACCCGGAACAUCAGCUCCUGCUUCCUCUUCGUUCGGACGGUCCACCCAUUACCCAGGCUAUCAUCGUUCAAAGUGGGGGCCUCAUUAG